AUGCAUUCACGUCAAGUUCUGACAUUGCUAUUUCACUCGCCGUUGGUGCCAGAAACUGCUUCAAAUUCGGCCCGAAUCAUCUCGUUGUUCAAGCGUUUGUCGAGGUUAUCAAGGAGUUUCCAGCAGCCAUCUGCUCUCCCACGCAGCGUACGAAGUACUGGUAGUUCACACGAUAUGGAAUCAUCCCGAGAGGAGAAAAACCGACAGAGCUCUUCACCCCUCCCUAGUCCAUAUUCGCGAUUUAUAAAUAUCUGGAUGCCAGUUCAACACGGUCGUUUUGUAAUGGAGGACCUCUUCAUCAAACACCGGGCUUCGACCGAAACUUUUGGCUCUGUGGCUGAACAGGAUGCUCGUGCGCUUGCUUUCCUUCCUCCCUCUGCGGAGCUUCAGAGUUCAGCCUUCACACCCCCACAGGCCGGUCUCAAAAAGCUUGCACUGGCCACCAGGCCAUGGGCCAGAAUCAGAUCCGGCGUGAUGUUGGAACCCGAUAUUAACCCGCGACUAGGCAUUAUCUGA